GGCAGCCGAGAUCGGAGUUGGCGGUUUCUGGGGGACUGCGAGCGCGAUUCAGGCGACCGCGGGAGCCCUACGGGUGGGCAGAGGCGCUGCCUCUCUCCCCUUAGUCGUGGGGAGAAAUUAAUUUCGCUGGUUCAUCUAUAAUACCAAGGUUGGGCACGUCAGCUCCCCCUUCCAUCAUCAGCCUCUUGCUGACGAUCUUGGUGGGGGAGAGCGCGCGGGGCUGGAGAGGCCGAUUUCGGCACCUCCCCUCUUUUUUCGUUUUUCCAAUUUUGAUCAUUAUCACAUUGUCGGGAAAUAAUUCUGAUACUACCGACCGAGAUUUGAAUAGUGCCACAUUUGCCGGAUUCAUCGAGUCUUUAGUCUUUGCUGAAGCGUGUCCUCUUUCCCAGUCCUUUUAUGUCUCCCCACAUUUAUUUUAUUGACACCCUUUUAUAAUAUUCGAGGGGAGGCGUUGGAUUCCCCGCCUAAUCUUCCUAAAAUCCAGAGUCCUGUCCAGGAGGAGGAGGAGGAGACGACGGGAAGAGCAACCAGAUACUGGUGAUGCCAGGUACAGUCUUUGUAAGGGCCCUGUUCUGAGGAAGAUCCAAACAAGGCAUUUAUGUGCUUUGACUGCUUAGUCUUCUAAGCUUAAUAUUCUUUUCCCUUUGUUUAUUCUCCUUUCCAUGGAUGUAAUUUGAGGAUUAAACCUCCCAACCAAAUUACUUUAGUCAUCAGAACAACGGUUAGGUGUGGACCAUCAGAGUGUCAGGCAAAAACAAUUCCCAUGACACCUUUCUUUUUUUGGAGGUUCAAUGACCAAAUCAUUCUUGAAGAGUCAAAAGGCAUUGAAAGGACUUGAUUAUACUCCAAGGGGGUGGUAAAAGGGAGAGGAAAAAAAAGAAAGUUCCAGAAAUACCUCUUCUCAGAAAGGAGAGCAGAAGAAACAAUUCAUAAGCAUUGCUGUUUUCCCCACCUUUGUCUGAUAUUCCUUUCAAAGGAUACCUAAAGUCUGCAGACGUACUUCAAGAUGUGUAGUUCUGUUAUUCCCAGGCUCUGGUUUUUAACAGAUCGACGUAUCCGAGAAGAUUAUCCUCAGCAGGAAAUUCUAAGGGCACUUAAAGCCAAAUGUUGUGAAGAGGAUCUAGACUUCCGAGCUUUGCUGAUGGAUGAAGUGGUCUUGACCAUUGAGCAAGGAAAUCUGGGUCUUCGGGUCAGUGGGGAACUCAUCACUGCUUACCCGCAAGUAGUAGUGGUUCGUGUACCAACCCCAUGGGUGCAGAGUGAUAGUGAUAUUACAGUCCUUCGCCAUCUGGAGAAGAUGGGCUGCCGGCUAAUGAACCGUCCACAAGCCAUACUUAAUUGUGUCAACAAGUUCUGGACAUUCCAAGAAUUGGCUGGUCACGGUGUGCCUCUUCCAGACACCUUUUCUUAUGGGGGUCAUGAAAACUUUGCCAAAAUGAUUGAUGAAGCAGAAGUGUUGGAGUUCCCUAUGGUCGUGAAGAACACACGAGGUCAUAGAGGAAAAGCUGUGUUUCUAGCCAGAGACAAGCACCAUCUGGCAGACCUGAGCCAUCUAAUUCGUCAUGAAGCCCCAUAUCUAUUCCAGAAAUAUGUCCAGGAGUCUCAUGGCAAAGAUGUGCGUGUCAUCGUGGUGGGAGGCCGUGUCGUGGGCACUAUGCUGCGUUGCUCAACAGAUGGUAGAAUGCAGAGCAAUUGCUCACUUGGUGGUAUAGGUAUGAUGUGCUCACUCAGUGAACAAGGGAAACAACUGGCAAUCCAAGUUUCUAACAUCUUGGGGAUGGAUAUCUGUGGCAUCGACCUCCUAAUGAAGGAUGAUGGCUCGUUCUGCGUCUGUGAGGCCAAUGCAAAUGUAGGUUUCAUUGCCUUUGACAAGGCUUGCAAUCUAGAUGUAGCUGGUAUCAUAGCGGACUAUGCCGCUUCACUGCUUCCUCCCGGUCGCUUGACACGACGCAUGUCCUUGCUCUCUGUAGUAUCCACGGCUAGCGAAACUAGCGAGCCAGAGCUGGGACCUCCAGCUAGUGCCACUGUCGACAAUAUGAGUGCUAGCUCCAGCUCUGUCGACAGCGACCCUGAAACCACAGAGAGAGAGUUGCUCACCAAGCUCCCGGGGGGGAUAUUCAAUAUGAACCAGCUAAUAGCCAAUGAGAUUAAGCUCCUAGUGGAGUGAUGCCACAUGUAAAUAACUAUGACCAAUUUUCUUGUAAAUUUUUUUUUAAAUACAACCAACUUGUAGUGCUGUUUAUUGGAAGCAGCUUAUAGAGGUGAGGUGAGGGUUUUAACUUGGGGCUCAGAAUCAAAACAUGCAUGUUCUGUGAAUGCUGCUUUCCUAUUAAUCUUACAGAACAUAUGUCUAGUUGUUAUUUUUAACAACUAUUUUUCAUUUGAUAAUACUUUGUUUAAUACUCUGCAUUGGGAAAUGGAGGAAAAGAACUGGGUAAGAACUGUUUUUGGUAGGGAUGCCAUUAUAUUUGAACUCAUAUUAAAAUAUUUCAUCUUCAUUUAUACUAUUUGUAAUUUUAAAAGUUAAUGCUCCAGAAGCACCUGUGAACUAAUAAUUUGCCAACCCUCCCCUCACCUCAUUGGAGCUCAUUCCUAUUAGUUAUUAUAUACCUUUUGCUUUAUGUCCUAUAGGAGUGGAGAGAAAUUAGAACAGCCAUUUUUUUAUUUCAUUCAAAGGUUCUAAAUAUCAGCAUUUCUAUCUAUUAUCAAUAAGAUCUGUAAAAUUGUAUCCCUGACAACAGUCCACAAUGAAAUUCUAGCCUUUAAGCAGUUUUACAGGGUGCAACAUUGAUUACUUCAGCAUGAGCUUUUGAAAUAAACCUGCAACUUCUGCCAUUUCUGUAUUGACAAGAUGUCCACAUGUUUAGAUUUAAAAUCAAAUUCACUUUCCUUGGGAGAAAAAAAAUUGCUAUGUAUCUGGAUUUUUAAAAAAUAAUUUUAAAACCUUGCUUUAGGUCAGGAUGGGGAGAAGUUGUGUGUAAAAUUCAGUUUGGGCCAUUGAUGGCAGAAGCGGCAUGUUUUCUUUUGCACAAGAACUGAGAUAAACAGCACUGUUAACUUUUGGUGUACAAAAUAAUGUUUAAUCCAAUGUGAAAAAGAAUAACACUAGUUUAAAACAAAUGUGCAUUGACUUGUAUUUGUUAGUGUUUUAGUCCUUUUUGCAAGAUAUAUGCUGUGUUAAUGUUUCAUUUUUAAUACAUGCUCGUCCAACACUUCCUUCUCCAUGCCUACAUCUUUAACAGGGCCCAAUUUGAAAAAUACCUGUACUACUCAACAUCACCACUAAUAGUAACAAACUUACAGAAAAAAGUCUGAUGCGUAGAAAAUAUGGGAGGGGUGUGGAGGAGGGUUGAAAUGGUUGCAAAUUUCAAAAUUACAUUUUGUAAAUUUAAUGUGUCACUAUUAUUGAUAGAAGGCAUUAAAAUCUAAAGUGGCCUGAUUUACAAAGGAUAAAUCCUGAAAGAAACUAGCAGGUUUUGGUUUUGGGAAACACUUUGCCAGUAAGGCCCAGCCAGAAUGGGAAUAUGAUUUAAGGCCGCCAGUGUGUGGAUCUCAGGCCCCUUUGUAUGUGUCUGUAUUUUGCUUUGUUUUUGUCAUUAAUUUUUGUCUGUCCAGUUCGUCAGUCUUUUUUCCAGAAUGCCUGAUGAUCUCCUCUCCCAGUCCAUCCCUGAUACUUCUGGCUGUGCAUUUUCUUAUUAAAUUUGAUAAAAUAACCAAAACAUCAGCUUUGGGUCUGUUUUAAUGGCCUCAUCUUCCUCCUCCUCACCCAUUUCUCACUCAUUUAUUUACUUUGGGUAUAUACCAUAUUGAAAUUAUAGAAAAAUGUAAAUAAAAUACUGUUACUUUAAAAGCAGCCAUCCACAACAUGACACAGUAGUAUAUUUGUAACAGCAAGUUGGCUUAUGAAAGGGCUUUGGAGGAUGGGCAGCUUCUGUGUGUAGGGUUGUUUUGUCUCAGUGCUUCAGAACAACAAUUUACCCUCCAAGGCUCUGAGCUUCAUUCUACUGGCCAACUUCAUCACUCAGCUGUUUUAACUUCCACUUCGGUAUCAAACACCACUUGUGAACACUUUACCGAGACACUAGGAAUAAAUAGAAAAGUAUUAACUUGCUUUCAUGAAGGUCGAUCAUGCCUACUUGUACAGAUUUUUAAAAUACAAUAAUGACAAUUUUGUAGAAUUAAUUGUUAUUGUUAAAAGCAAAAUAGAAGGAUGAUUGUUGACAUUAGCGGAUGAAGCAGAAACAAUAUUUUAGCAUGUGUAGGUUGAAGAAAAUACAAAGGUUUCUAUUUUAAAAAACUCAGAAAAAGAAAAACACGAAGUAGCUUUCUUUCCUUCUGCUUUGUGGCCCUUCACCCCUUUGUUAACUAGACAUGUGCCUUCUAAAAUACAGGUUUCUUUAAAAGAUUGCACAUCUUUCGGAAACAUGAGCAAAGAAUUAACCUUUGUAAACUAGCAGAAAAAUAUUGCAACAUUCACUGGAAACAAAGUUGAUGCCAGAAGAAGUUUGACAACUCUUUAAUACUUAUAUUUGGGCUAUUUGAGUUUCUCCACUGUUUGAGAAAAAACAGUUUGUGACAAAUGUUUUUCACAUGAUUUUUUUUUCAAAAUGUAUAGACUCAAUUUACACCACUAUAAAUGCAAUGGAAUGACAUACACUUUGUUCUGAAUCAUACACAAUGAACACAUUAAGGGAUUUUAUAUUUCGGUUUAUGUGUUUGCCAUGUGAUGGCCAUGUGUGUGUUGUGGUUGUAUUGGAAAGAUGGAAAAGAGACUGAAUAAUGUUUGGGCAAAGGAAAGUCUCACACAUUGUUGAAAUAGAAACUGGCAUUGCAUGUUAAAAUCAUAUAGGAAAUUGUAUGCUUGAAAAAAAUUCCCUCACGUAAUGUAAUUUUUUAAAAAAAUGUUGUAAAAGAAGCUUUAAAAACAUUACUGUUGGUAAAGAAAAUGAAUUUAGUUUCUAAUAACUAGAGUUUCUGUAGAGAGUAGUGCUACACAUCACACUUUGCUGGAAAAAAAUACUGACAAGUAUAUUAAGAGUACCAACAUUACUUAUCAUAAUUUGAAAUGAACAACUAGCAAAGAAGAAUUGAACAAUUGGGAAAAUAUAAGUUGUAGUGAAUGUCAGUAUUCAAAUGGAACCAAGUUUGGGGGUUGGAUGAUAAUGAUGGAGUUUAAUGAGUACUGUAUAUUUUGUUUGUGCUUUUAUUUUACAGAUGCUAUGUUUAUACUUUUUCUACUGUAUAGAAUUACAGGUUGUAUUUGUAGCUUUGUAUCUUCUCAGAUUUUAUAUUGUUGAUAAAACUUCUCAUUCUGGAACCCUUUGGUAGAGCAUUAAUAACAGAUGUUGGGAAGACAGCAUAUGUGUGGACUAUUUUUGUUGUUGUUGUGUUCCACCAAACUUUCAACGUAUUGGAUCUAACUACACUGACUUUGUUCAGCAAUUUACCAUAGAAGAUAUGCCAAGAAAAAUGUUUUGAACCUGUGAAAUUUGGGAGGGAGGAAUAAAAGACAGUUUCAGAAGCGCUGCAUUGGACAUGUACCAGAUUUGAUGAAUACUGUUUUAAAUUUCAAAUCCUCCCAUUUAAUAAAAGCAGAGCUCAAGUUGGUUAAAUGUAUAAGGGUUUAAACUAUGUAAGAUGUAUCAACAUGUACAAUUCUUUCUCAUGGCUCACUCUUUUUGAGAAGGUUUAUGAGCUAUUUGGCUGGUGUGAGACUCACGACCCACUCCUGUUCUCUCUAUGGAAUUGUAGGUGCUCAGACAGGUAACCUCUGCUGCUACUGUCUCUUUCAUUUUUAAUUUUUCACUGUUCUAGGAAUUUAUAAAGUAUUAUAGAAUUUAUGACAAAAGGUUAUCUUUUUGCUUUCUUUUUCUUUUUCUUUUUAAUAUAUAUUUGAGUGUCUUGAUAUUGGAGGGUGAAUUUUGGGAUGUUCUGAUGAUGGCUUGGACCAUCAUUGGCAAUUUCUGUAUCCCUCAUGUUACGGUUUUCAUUUGAAUGACUUUUAUUUGUUUAACGCAUUGUCAAUUACUUGAUGUUUUGGGUGGGAAUUUGUAACACUUAAGGAACCGCUGUGUAGUGCAUACUACUUUUUUUUUUGAAUGUUCUAACAAUUCACAUUUUCUUACUGUUCUUUGCAAAACUUUUCAGGAGCCAAAAAAAGUCAAACAAUCCAGAGAAAAACUUCCCUUCUCCCCUUUCUGGUGACAAGAGAGAGCGAGAGAGAGAGCGCUUGUGAAAAUCCUUGAGAAUGUUCCUCCCUAAACUUCCCCCCCCUGUGGUAAAACAAUAAACGCAGCAGCCCGGUGGCAUCCAAUACCAACCCCUUGGCAGGUAACUUUCAGCUCUUGAUCAUCCCAUAUUAGCUAACACUGCUUUCCUUUUUUCUCUUCCUGAGUCAUAAUAUGAUUAUUACUGUAAAAGAAUGAGUUUAGGAAGCAAAUGGUAUUUCUUUUCUUGUUCUUCAUUUUGUGUAUAUUUAGCAGAAUUAGACUUUAAAGCUUAUUGUGAUCCAUGUGUUCAAGUACGAUCACAGCAAGAGAAAAUUUAAGCAGUGUGCAGUGACAGAAAGAAGGGAUGGUGUGGUAUGUAACUUCACAGAUUCUGCCAUCUCGAUCUUCCCAUGUACCUACCCCUUCUUGCUGCCCCUUCCCCCAAUAUACGUUCUUGGCUUAAGUUUUACAGGGCUUUGAUGCUUUCCAGGGGCACAGUCAGCACAAAACUAAUCGGCAUCAAUUAACAGGUACGGAAAAUAGGAGUAAAAAGUUUAUAUAAUUUUCUAUUUCUUAUAUCAGGGCUUGGGUGGAGGGCAUUGCGUACUUGCGAAAAUUCAGAGGGGGAUUUUAUUUCAGGAAUUUUCUAUAUGGGUUGCGCAGUAUACUGCUAUUUAUUGGUAAUAAUGAACAAUCUGAAUAACUUCUUAAUAUUUUAUUUUUGAUUUAAUAUUCAAAUAUCUGCAUAAACAUAUGACAACAGUGACACAGCCAGUGGUAGAAAUGAUGGCUAAUAUGAAAGAACAAAAUGUUCCAGAUGAACAUCCCCCAAAUAUUUUGCAUGGGAGCAUGUACAUAUCGUAUUACAAGAAAAGUGUUUUCUUUUGUCAGGUUAACCUUAAAUAUAUUGCUUUGAAAUGUAAAAGUGCCAAGAUAUUUUGCUAAGAUAGAUUUAAAGCAGUAUUCUUUAUGUGGAAGAUUUACUGUUAUACUACUAUUUCUAUAACUUCUAUUUUUCAUGAAUACUUAAUCUCUCCCAGACAUAGCUUAUUUUGCAAAUUUAUUUGAAACAAAAAAUGGCUGCUCUGCAAAAGUCUUAUAAAAUUGUCUUCCCUGUUAUUUUUGACCCAGAGGCAUUGCGUAAAGAGUAAAACAUUAGAUUAAAAUUGGCUGUUGAACAGACUUUUUUUUUCUUCUCUUGCCAAUUUUUAGGCUUUUUGACACAAUCUGAUUCCUACUGCAACUCUUGUGACUUGAAAAAGCUAAACAAGAGAAAGGAUCAUACUGCAAAUUGUUCCUUAUAAUUGUCAAUGCUCAUGCAAAUUAGCAGUUGCUGGAAUUGGAGAGAAGAAGUAAAGUGAUAUUAAACAAUAGGAGCCUGUGUACGCUAUUCAACAAAAUUAAAUUUUCACUUUGCUUGCACUAAAAGGGCAAUCCAAUAAGACAGACAUUUGGCACUGCCCAGAGUUCCAGCUUUCAGGAAAUGCUGUUUUACUUUUUAAUGUUCUAUGUGAAUUAAGUUUAUGAAUUGCAGAGUUUGAUUAGAAAUAUACUUGGAAAAAGAAACAGGGUACUAUGAAAGAGGACGGUAAUAACUAGGUAUGCUUAAUGCAACAGAAAAUCUUGUGUGUUGAAAUGUGAUGGUAACAUAAUAGAAGCAUCUGAUGGCAUUUGUAUUUUUAAUCUGCCAUGUAGUAUCCAUCUGUAAGGAUACCUGCAAAUUUAUUAUUUUGUUCUUCUGUCCAAAAUUGUUCUGAAGGAGAUGGGAGGUAUGGGAGGAAAGAUUGUAGUGAGCUUCAUGCCUUUAAAGGAUCCCCAUUGUGUGGUUUUUCUGUGAGCUGAACAAGAACUUCUUCUAUAUGCCCUUGUGCUGCAACAGAAUAAUAAAACUGGUAGGUGGCAGCAGAAGAAGGAGAUUAUACAGAUGGCACCCGAGAACAGAGAAUGCUGCCAUGUGGGGAGAGAUGGAUUCCAAAAUAUUAGCUGAUGUAACGUGCAAAGAUGAGAGACAGCUUCCUUGACUUGUUACUCUGCAUGGUGAGUCUGACCCUUGAUCAGUUCUUAUUCACCAUAACGGAUAUGUUAAGUCCACAUUUCUGUUUAAUCUGGAAUGCUGACUAAGGGAGCUGACAGAUUUAGGUAUUUCUCUUAAUUUCAUUAUCACUUCCUUAAAAACAAGCUGAAGGUCAUUAUUCUCAACUUUUUUCUUUUAACAACUACAUCCUUAUGUUAAAUAUACAAAAGUGAUGUUGUAGAUUAAUUAUCACUUCUAUCCUGCAUUGAUUCUAUUCAUGCACAUAGAGAUGAAGCUGUCACUAAGGAUGGGAAAUAUGUUUACAGUGUGAAUAGAAUGGAAAAUGAAGCAAUUUCUUAGGAACACUUAUCUCCACUUAUUUGCCCAGAGGUAAUAUACUGUGUAAAACAGAAAACUAAGAAUAGUUUAAUUAAGAAGAAAAUUUCAGCAUCUAAAUAAAUGUCAAACAAAAAUGUGUUCUCUGAAAAGUUCAAAAUUAAUUUUCUUUGGCUCUAAUACUUUCUUUCUGGCCUUUUUAAAAUCAUGCUUUGAACCUCUCAAUUUUUGAGGCUUAUUAGAAAUUAGUUGUAGCACUGCAAAAUUGUGAAUAUUUUACCUGUUGUUAAUAGUGUAAGAGGAAUAUCAUGCUUAAUUUCAGAGUUGUGUAUUAAGCACAAUGUAAAUCAUUCAGUAUCUUAUAAUUUAAAGAACUUUCUGUGACAUUAACAAUAAUUUCCUCACAGGUGAAUUACUUUGAUAAUUGUAGGAAUCACUGGAAUCUAAGCAGUACUUCCAUUUGUAGGAAAGAUGUUAUAGGAGAAGCAAUUUAUUUCUGCUGCCAUAUAUGUGAAUGUGGUAUACAGUUUGACAAAGUAUCUCUGGAAUUUUAUUAUAUGCAAAAGAGGAAUGUAAAGGAAAGAGGAAGUGAGGGAUGGUAGGAAAUAGAAAGAAAGAAGGAAGGAAGGAAGGAAAGAAAGAAAAAGAAAGAAAGAGAAAGACUCACAAAUGAAUAUAAAAGAUCUGUAUUGUAUUAAAUGUUACUAAUGUAGAAGUUUCCUUUUUUAAAUGUCUUAGGCCCAGUAGCAGAGGUUGUAUUCAGACAGUUCACUGGUGGAAAUCACAGGUGGGCCUGUCCACCCGCCCUGGCUCUAUGCCGUCCUAUUUGGGCACAUUUUCGCUAAUUGGGUGUUUGUUCCAGCAGUCUCAUUUCCCGCCUUUUAAAGUAUCAUGUGUGUGUGUGUGUGCGUGUGUGUGUGUGUAUCAGUGGUGGGUUGCAGGCGGUACGCCCCGGUACAGGCAUACCGGAGCCUGCCUGGAGCACCGGGUACCGUUCAGGUACGGUGCUGCGGAGGACCCACCCACUUACAAGAGCUCCUUACCUGUCCUUUAAUCCUUUGGAGCUUAUGUGCAUGCACAUGGUGCAUACGGCGCCUGUGUGAUGCUCCGCUGAGCAGCUGAAGUGUCAAAGAGACUUGCGGAGGUGUCGCAGGCAGGUAUGACGCAUGCAUAUAUAUAUGCAUUUUUAAAUUAGUGUCAGUUCUCUAUCCUGACCAUGUUGAUUGGGUGUUGGGAGAAAUAUUUCCUGCUAUUUUAAGUGUUUAAUUUUACUUCCACCUAGUUAAGAUUUGCAGAAAAACAACUUUCUUGAUCUGGAAGACCUAAGUACUUCAGUAAGAUUGGAGGCAUUUGCAGUUCCUUGAAGGAGGCAGCAGAUACACCCUUGUCUGUAGAUCAACCAUUUCUUUUUGGGGUAAAAAUAGCUGAGCAGGAAAUGUAUGGAUGGGAUUUUUUUUUCCAGUUUAGAUUAAACUGUGAAUUAUGUAGAGUCUAAUAAUGUCAUGGGUGGGGACAAAAGCUCAAUUAAAAUGACGUGCUUUGGGGCAAAUUUAAGCUAAGCAGAAAGAUAGCAUUCAGCCUGUGCAAAUUUGGGUAGUAUUCUGAAAUAAAUUAGAUUAGCAGGACAU